AUGACCUGGAAAUAUCAUGGCACUGUCGACCUUCAAGCACACCCAACCAAGAUCAAGAUGGAUACCCAGAUGGCUCCGGUCAUCGAACUUGAUGAUUCUGAUUGUGAGAGCACCGGCACCAGCAUUACCAUAGGCAGAAAUGAAAAUUCGCCUCCCGCGUCUUCUCCAUCUCCCUCUUCACCCUUCGGGCGGGAUGACUUCAUGUCUGAUGAAGACUUCGACGCUUAUAUCAACUGCCUGUCGGGGAACGAUGGCUCGCCGAGCCCUAGACCAAGAGCAGCAGCCCGAGGGACAGCCCAAUGCCGGCGUAUACCCACUCCUCGGAGGUCACUUAACGAGAUCAGCUAUGAGGGCCGGACGUACAGGCCUGGCAAGUUCAUAGAACUGUACGACGGCACCUUUCUACGUAUUAAUCGGAUCUUACGUUCGGACGGAGAGACUGUCGUCUCAGGGCCCAAGUUUGAAAGACUAGAGACGAUGGAUAGUCUGAUGCCGGAUAGACCCAACGAGCUAUGCUGGGUGGUCAACCUUGGAGACUAUAACAACAGCAACGCCACCACCAGUAAUACCCAAAACCAGUCACAUGUGGAGGAGGCAGAGGUUCCGCUGUCCGCCAUCCGUCGACUGCGUAUUAUCAGAAUGACAAACCAGCAGUAUACCCGCAACACUGCUGAAAACAGAGACGAUGAUUUCCUCUUCUGUCGAUUGAAGUAUACUCGGACUUGGGAACGGCCUCAGACCUUGUCCGGCCGCAGUACACCUCGCAUUGUGGAAGAAGCGAUCACCUUUCUUCCACCAGAGGAGUGCCAGCCAUCGUUUUCUGUCCCUCGUGCUUCCCUACGAGAGAACUGGCGUGGAAAGCUUCCCACUAGGCGACGGUACACCUUUGGAGAUGGCUUCUGUGGCGCUGGCGGGGUGUCCAGAGGCGCACAACAGGCCGGCCUAAAGCUCACCUGGGCGUUUGACCAUUCGCCGUCAGCCAUGAAUAGCUAUCGAGCGAACUUCCCUUCCUCUCUCGCCGAGACGAGCGAUGUGGCAGACUUUCUCACUAAUAGUAUCUGGGAUAUCAUAGUAGACGUGCUGCACGCAUCCCCGCCGUGCCAGCCGUUUUCUCCGGCAAAGACGAUCGCUGCGGCACACGACGACGCCAACGAAGCGUGCUUGUUCAGUAUCAGGAGGCUGGUAGAGAAAUGCCGGCCCCGGGUAGUCACCAUGGAGGAGACCAGCGGCCUAAAGGAGCGCCACGAGGUCUGGCUCGUCAGAUGGCGGCUCGUCAACUGCAAGGACUACGGCGUGCCACAGUCGAGGAAGAGACUAGUGAUCAUAGCUGCCGGCCCAGGAGAGGAACUCCCGCCGUUCCCUCCGCCCACCCAUGGGACGGCGCCCGGCCUCCUGCCUCCGGUCACCAUCCUCGACGCCAUACGCUGUAUACCCAGCACCGCCCCUGACCACGAUCUAGAGCGGGCGGAGAGGCCCUUCCACCGUCCGCCCUACGACCCACGCCGGCUCGCAAAGACCCUCACCUGCUCUGGCGGCGACAACUUCCAUCCUUCGGGCACCCGGACGUUCACCUUGCGAGAAGCAGCAUGCCUGCAGACCUUCCCCAUGAACCACACCUUCUGCGGCCCCGGGGUGAUGAAGCAGAUCGGGAACGCCGUGCCGCCCGUCCUGGCCAAGGCCAUCUUUGCCCAGGUCGUCCGCACGCUCCGGGAGACCGACGCCGCCAACAACACCCAGGAGGACCCCAUCACCAUCGACUGA